AUGGAUUUUAGGUCCAUUAAUUGUGUGUUUCUUGGUUAUAGUACUUCACAUCAUGGGCACCGUUGCUACGAUCUUCUGUCUGAACGACUCUACAUUACUCGACAUGUUCGAUUUCAUGAGCAAUGCUUCCCGUACCACAAUGUGCCUCCUACAACAUCACCAACGUCAACAUCAAAUCCUUAUGUUGCAUCUUACCCUACACCACCACCCACUACGGAUGACCUACAUACAACUACUUCACCACCACCACCCACUACGGAACCACCUACCCACACCGACACCAACCCGUCAUCGGUUCCGUCAACAUCCUUGCCACGGCCACCAUUGCUUCAUACUUAUCAACGACGAACCAAACCCACAACCACCACUCAUACGGACUCGAAGUUACCCGACUCACCACCGUCACGUCCUUGUCCAUCAAACCUUCGCCCUAAUCCCAAAACAACUACCAAAUUUCAAGCAACUACCUAUCACACCCAUGCCACCAUUGAAACAAAACCUGCUACCUUCAAAGUUGUUCAUAAUGAUCCAAAAUGGCGAUCUACCAUGCUUGACGAAUGUGUUCACGAAACCCCUACCUUUACAACGAUUUACUUUCUUACGAGACAAGCUACAAAUUGA